AAAAUCUAUAUUUUGAUUAUUAUUAUUAUAAUAAUAAAAAAGAAAAACAAAGAAAACAGUUUGAGUAGUGUUUUGAGUUUAAUAAAAAGAGUCCAAAUCCAAAUCCAAAUUCUAAGCUCAUCUGAAAUUCUCUUUUCUUGUUUCACCUCCAAACCCAACAACACAACUCUUCUUCUUCUUCUUCUUCUUCUUCUUUUCUUCUUCCUAAAAUAAAAAUCUCAACUUUUUUUUUCUAUUCGGAUUGAGCUAAAAAUCCAAACUUUCUCAACUCUCAUGGCUUGAUCGAUCAAUCAAUCAAUCGAUCGAUCUACUGGUAAACUUGAUCAGCUGAGCUUAAUUGGGUGUUAGUUAGUUGAAUAUGCACGCUCGUCAUCGUAGUCCCGGAAAUGGGUACAGAUCAACAACGCCCAACACUUCCCGGAUCUCUCCCGACGACUACCACCGUUCCUUCAAUCGACCUCUUCUCCGUCCCAAUUCCAAUUCUUUUCAACCACCACAACCACCUCCGCGAAAGCCCGACAUCUUCGUCGACGCCGGUCGUCUUGCAGCAGAGUAUUUAGUCUCCCAAGGAAUCUUACCUCCAAACGUUCUCUCUCUCCCUUCAAAGUGGUCCAACGGUAGUUUCAAAAGAAUAUCUCGGUUGCCGGAACCGGAAAGUUUCAAUCUUGGGCAAGAGGGUAGAACCUCAGCUCUUGCUCGGUUAGGAAAUGCUGUGACUGAUUCAGUUGCAGUUGGGUCAAGUAGAAGAAGGUUUGUUGGGGAUGAAUUUGGGUUCAGAAAUGGGUCUAGAGGUAGGAGAAGACCGCCCUAUCGUGGUGGUUAUGGGUCUGAUUGGGUUAGUAGAGACUAUAAUAAUAAUAAUAAUAGUAGUAAUACAAUUUCCAGAAGUGGUUCUUUUCAGGACCAAGAUAGAUUGAGUAAUGAUAUUGGGGAUUAUUAUUAUGAACAUGAUGAUGAUGAUGUUGUUGUUUCUGAGCAACAACAACAACAACAACAACCCAUUAACGAUUUAGUUCCAAAGUCUGAAACUUUAGAUGAUUCUAAGCCCAAUGAAUCAUCUGAGAUUGAGAAAGAAGAAGGAGAAGAAGAAGAAGAAGAAGAAGAAGGAGAUUGUUCUAACAAUACCUCAUCAACUGAUUUGUUAACAAAGUGUAAGUUUGCUAAGGUUCCAACUAGAAUCCGUUCUUCAUUGUCAUCAUCAUCAUUAUUAUCAUCAUCUAAAAGUCCAAAGCUUGAUUCAACUCCAACAACAACAACAACAACAACAGCAACAACAAUUGAGGUGGAAGAACAAGAAACUAAUUCUGCAACUUGCUCUGAUAUACAAAGAGCUCAGUCUGCUGAAAAUGUGGGAGAAUCAAGUCAUAUUCAACACAUUAAGUGUGAGAGGUCAGUGUCUAUGCCCAAUAGAGCUUUUGUGUAUGAUGAUAAUGAAGAGAAGGAAAGGGUUGACAAAAGAGGUUUUGAAGAAGAUGAUGUUAAGGAAGGAGUCAAAAGACCAAGAGAAACAAGUGAUAGAAUUAUUGUGGAUAUUGAUGAUAAUGAUAAUGAUAACGAUAAUGAUAAAGAUGAUGGUGAUGGUGUUGGUGGUGGUGAUUUUUCUCAAGAGAAACAGCUCUUUCCAAGUUCAUUCAAAAUCUGUGAUCUUAAUCUUAUGCAAGUUUCAGAGACACAUGAGAAUCAUGAUUGUGAUGCUGCAACAGUUAACAUGUACCAAUCUAUUUCUGAAAGGAGAAGAGAAGCAAAGCCAAUGGAUAUUGGCUUGUCAAUGAGUAACUGUAAUAAUAAUAAUAAUAAUAACAACAAUGUUGUAUCUGGUGAGAGCAGCAAAAGACCACAAAGUGACCAUCAUAAGGAGAUUGAAGUAAUCGAUUUAGAAAACGAUUCUGCUCAAGAAGACAAGGAUUUAGUUAUGGAAGAUAGAAAGACAGAAACGGUUUAUACUGAUCUAGACGAAAUUCAUAACCAUGCUCAGAACACUGGCGGUAUUCCUGAUACACAAGACGGUUAUGGGCUUAUGAUCUCGGAGUUGCUUGGGAAUGAUUUUCCAAAUUGUUCUGCAGUACCAGAACACAUCAAUCCUAUGCAUAAUGACAUUGGUCUCCCUAAUGAAGAGGGAGCUAUUGGCGAUGAUGAUUCGAUAUACAUGUCACUUGGAGAAAUACCACUAACUUUUUUAAGGCCGUGGGAGCAGCCACCGCCACAGGAGUAUGAAAAGCCUUUUUGAAGAAUAAAAAGAAGAAGAUAAUAAGAGAAGAGAAGAGUGUCUUUUGAGACAUAAAGAAAAUUUGGUAUGUUUAAUUAUUUGAUCAUUGGGGUCUUGUUAACUCUAUUAUGUUACAAAACAUAUCUAUCUAUCUAUGAUAUCUAUUCAAAAAGCAAAGAAUGCUUUGCUUUUUUAUUGCUUGUUUGAUCUUUGCUUAUCAAGGCUGCAAGUAAAUAUGUCUUUUUUGGGCAGAGGUUGAAAGAUAUUGAUAAGAAUCUUCCCUUCUUUUCCUUUUCUUAUGAGAUUCCAUUGUUCCA